AUCAACUGCAAUUCACUCAAAAAAAAAAUUUUUUUUUUAACGAAUUUCAUUUCUGUUUUGACCAUCGUCGAGUCAUGUCUUUAAUUUGGGAAAAAAUCGAGGAUCCUCGAAUCAAAUGUCGAGUCGAUCAAAAUUGGCAUAAAGUUUAUUUCAAACAAGAUUUGGAGAAAAGUCGUUACUGUGUAAUUCCUUGGCGUUAUGAGCCGUAUAUGGAAUUAAUGAAGAGCUACGAGGUGCGAAAAGACGACAUUUGGAUUAUUACAUUCCCGAAAUCAGGAUCGACAUGGAUGCAAGAAAUCGUUUGGUUGAUCGAUAAUAAUUGCGAUUUUGAGGCGGCGAAAAAAAUUCCGCUAACAAGUCGAUCGCCGAUGUUGAGGAAGAUAAUUUCAAUUCAACAAAAAAUCGAAGAUCCAAAUGAUUUAUAUGUCGCAAUUGAUCCCUUGGAUAAAAUAAAUCCGCCAUAUUACAUAAAAAAUCAUUUGCCAGCGGAAUAUUUGCCUGAUAAAUUUUGGGAUGUAAAGCCCAAACUUAUUUAUGUUGCUCGUCAUCCAAAGGAUACUGCUAUCUCUUUUUAUCACUAUUAUAAGUUAAUUUAUCAAUAUGAAGGCACAAAAGAUGAUUUUCUCUCAUUGUUUUUGGAUGGUUUGAUUGAAUUUGGACCCCAAGUUACCCAUAUUUAUGAUUUUUGGCGGAUGAGAAACGAACCGAAUAUUUUAUUUUUAACUUAUGAAGAGACGAAACGAGAUUUGGAAGCAGUUUUGAAAAAAGUUGCAAAUUUUUUGGAUAAAAAACUAUCUGAAGAGCAAAUUGAAGAGUUGAAGGAACAUUUGCACAUUGAUUCGAUGAGAAAGAACACAAAUGUCAUACCUGUGAAGGAGAGUGUUAAUUUAGAAAAUCUUGGAUUAGAAACUUAUCAAAAAAAUUUUUUUCGAAGAGGCGAAGCUGGAUCCUACAAAGAUGAAAUGUCGGAAGAAAUGUCAAAAAAAUUCGAUGCUCUCAUAAAACGUGAACUCACUGAUAAGGGAUGCGAUCUGUACAAACCUGAACAAUAA